AAGGCCAGCCGGGAGAUAUAAUCCCUCCAGCGUGUCCUCGGUCUUCCCCGGGGCCUCCCACCAGUUUAUGAUCCGCCAUUUCUGUAAAAAUAAUGAAUUGCAGAGAACGGAGAUGAUGUGACUCUCAUUAGACGGCUCUGGUGUAAAACAUUUUUGGGAAACUCCCAUUAAAGGCGUCUUUGCUUCAGCGACCAAUAGGACGGAGGCCGUUAAUUUAAAAUGCAGCCGCGGUCCUUGCAAACGAAAUUUCAGUCCAUAACAAACGUGAAACCCGAGCGUAAAGGAGCAACCAACAGCGUUAUCAUAUUGACCCAGAUACAAUGGACACCACAAUCUUUGCAGAGCGAGAAAAUGCAGGUCUUCAUCCACCUAAUCUGAAGAUGCGUCAGCGCCUUCAGUCUGCUCCAGAGAAACUCUUAUCUCCUAUGAUUGCCAAAACCUUCCACACUCCUCUGCCGUUUGGUCGGAAGGCUUUUGGUGCCGUCAACAAAAGAAUCUCAACCCCUGUUAGCGCACAAGAGAAGUUAAAGCCACAGGAAACUAAAGUAAAAAAUGCUUCUCUGCUCAAAGUGGCGGAAUAUCCAGAAAUUGAGAAGUUCAUCCCAUAUGACCCACUUGAGUUUGAAAAGUACAGCACACCUGAGGAUUUGAUUCUUCUCGGUGGCUUAGCGCUGCCUGGACUUGCACGUUUCCCGCAAGCUCAUCUGUGUGAGGACGACCUGGACAUGUUCGACCCGCUCCCAAACCAGUCGCCUGUUAAGAUGCCAAAACGUUCAGAUCAUUGCUCAGAGCUGGACGCCUUUCUGCAAACACUCGACGAGCUUACUGUUGAACUUCCGCCAGAGUCUUUUACUGACUGAAUGAAUGUUGAUGCAUGUUUUUGUUCCAUUUUCACUGAAAUAAAGUUGUUUUUAUCUGG